AUGGCUGAAAUUAUUUGUGCUUUUUCACGUUUUUUUCCUGCAGACAUUGCAAUCCUGGGAAUGGAUAUCGACGUUCAAACCAUAGAGGACAACGUCAUCAGCUUGGAGAUGCUGUUCAAAGCAUGGCUACAUGACUAUGGCACAGAGAGAGAACACCUCCAUCUCCUCCUUCCGUCAGGAUGCUUCAGCCAUGCCACUGCACCCAAGACCACACAAAUGUGCCUGAAGUGCGAUUUGCAAGAGAGGCUGCUCGACCCAGCUCUGCUUUCUGGGGUGGCUGAUGGCACUACGAGACCAGCCGAUUUGAGUUCACCCUGCCAGAUGGCAGCCUGGCCAGCUACCGUGCUGCACAAACUCCAGGUUGUAAAGGCUCUGAAGUCUGACGGGGUCUGUGAGUCCGUACUGUAUGGCCUGCCCUUCAUCAUCAAGCCCACAAGUUGCUGGCAGCUCGACUGGGAUGAACUGGAGAUAAACCAGCACAGCUUCCAUGCUCUAUGUCUUAGUCUCCUGAAAAGGAAGUGGAUGCUUUUGGCCAAACGUGAGCCGCAGAACACUGGUCCAAACUGGAACGUCGUGGUGCAUCCUUACUACAUCAUUAUCCCUUCCGACUCUGCCACUCUGCUUGUCAAAGCAGUCGCCAUGAGAGAGCUCUUGCUGCCGUCAACCUUCCCACCCCUCCUUGCUGAACAUCCUGAGAGAGUGCAUGGCCCUAUAGAGAGCGCCCUGAACAGCUUGGAAGUGGAAGUUGCUUAUAACCCCCUGCAUCUCAAAAGCAACCUCUACAAACACCUGAAGAGCACGUUGCACAAACCUCUGCAGCGGCAGCAGCCCCAGCCCAGGGACCAGCGAGCAGAGCGGCACCAACCCAAGCAGCAUCAGAGCAGAGCCAGAGCCACGGUGGCACCUCUCCUGAUGGCUCCUUCUCCUGUCCAAGCGUUCAGACCAGCAGCGACGAGGAGAGAGUCCUGUGAGCGCUCGCUGCUCCCCAAGGAGUACGACGAGUUCCUGCAGUGA